AAAACAAUUAUUAAAUGCAAGAAAAGUACUAGUCUAUCAAUUAUUGCUUCCCGUCUCCUGUAAUGAAACGACAUCGCAUACUCUAUCGCAAGAAAAAUCUCUCUCUCCGGCCUUCCCAAAGAUAAAAGAAGAAAAAAAGCCAAAUUCAGUUCUAGCUGCAUUAAAACAAAAUCGCUAAUGGGCUUCUCCGGCGUAACCCCGACCGACGGAGGACCCGAACCCGACUCAGAAUCGGCCCUUCUCCUCCACUCCCCUCUGAGAUCCGCAAAGCCAGAAGACAAAUUGCACCUAGCCUACAUCAUCUACUUCACGUUAGGUGUCGGAUACCUACUCCCGUGGAACGCCUUUAUCACCGCCGUCGAUUACUUCUCCUACCUCUACCCGGAAGCCUCCGUUGACCGUGUCUUCGCCGUGGUUUACAUGUCCAUCGGUGUCUUCUGCCUCUUGAUCAUAGUGUUUUAUGCUCACAAGAGUGAAGCUUACGUGCGGAUCAAUGUUGGGUUGGGCCUGUUCGUGGUUGCCCUGCUCGUUGUGCCCGUUAUGGAUGCGGUUUAUAUAAAGGGUCGGGUCGGGUUGUAUGAUGGGUUUUACAUUUCGGUCGGGGCUCUCGGUUUGGCGGGUAUAGCGGAUGCGCUUGUUCAAGGUGGGCUCAUUGGGGCGGCCGGUGAAUUGCCUGACCGCUACAUGCAGGCUAUUGUUGCAGGAACUGCCGGUUCUGGGGUCCUUGUUUCUGUGCUAAGGAUCCUGACCAAAGCUGUUUUUCCGCAAGAUGCUGAUGGCCUGAGAAAAAGUGCCAAUCUUUACUUUUCUACCAGCGUUGUGGUUAUGUUCUUAUGCUUAGUCUUGUACAAUGUGGCACACAGACUUCCGAUUAUGAAGUACUAUGGGGAGUUGAAGAUUGAGGCUAUUAAGGAGGAGAAAGAAGGGAAACGUCCCCUGACCGGUCCUGUUUGGAGAGCAACCUUAUGGAAUAUAGUAGGGACAAUCAAGUGGUAUGGAUUUGGGAUCGUCCUCUUAUACGUUGUGACUUUGUCUAUAUUUCCAGGAUAUAUCACAGAGGAUGUGCACUCAUUGAUUCUCAAGGACUGGUAUCCAGUCCUACUUAUUACGGCCUACAAUGUGUUUGACCUGGUUGGCAAAUCGUUGACUGCAGUUUAUCUCCUUGAAAAUGCAAAGGUUGCAAUUGCUGGUUGCGUUGUGAGGUUACUGUUCUUUCCCCUCUGUAUAGGUUGUUUGCAUGGUCCUCAGUUCUUCCGGACAGAGAUUCCCGUCUCCAUACUGACUUGCCUUCUAGGGCUAACUAAUGGAUACUUGACGAGUGUGUUAAUGAUCAUGGCUCCCAAAUCUGUUCAGAUACAACAUGCAGAGACUGCUGGCACUGUUAUGGUAUUAUUUCUAGUUGUUGGUCUAGCAUCAGGAUCAGUCAUAGCUUGGUUCUGGGUCAUCUGAUAUUCAAGCAUUUUUUUUCUUACAUUAGCCAGAUCCCCGAACUGGUGGUUGGCGUGGAUGAUCUUUAAUGAUGUCUUUACAUUUCCUAAAGCUGUCUAAACUUCAUUGUUUUUUCAGAUUGUAUGAUGAAUCCUGUACGUAAACUGUGCAUGCCAAUUGAAAAAAAAAAAAAAGAAUAUUUGAUUGAUACCUAGUUUCAGUUUUAUGAU